GCUGCACAAGCCUUGAUUUAUGCUGGAAUGGCAGGGUCCAACUUGGAAAAUAUUCAAGAAAAAAUAAAUGAGUACUUGGAGAGAGUUCAAGCUCUCCAUUCAGCAGUUCAGUCACAGAACACAGACCCUCUGAAGUCAAAGCAACAGUUGGACUUGGAGCGUGCUCACUUCCUAGUUACACAGGCGUUUGAUGAAGACGAUAAAGGCAAUGCAGAAGAAGCUGUAGAGUUGUACACAGAAGCGGUGGAGCUCUGUUUGAAAACAGCUACUGAAACUUCAGAAGCAGGCCUCCAGUCAAAACUGAAACAGCUGGCUCGACAAGCGCUGGAUAGAGCAGAGGCACUGAAGGAAUCUGUGUCAAAGUCAUCUCAGAAGGAGAAGUCUAAACCAAAUCUCCCAGUCAGAACAUUCUUUCCAUUGGGACCUGAUUUUUCGUUAAAUGAUAAACCGCAGACAAUCAGAGCAGUACAAGCUAGUGAAUCUCAAGGUCAGAGAUACACUGCAGAGGAGAUUGAAGUGCUCAGGAAGACUUCAAAAAUUAAUGGCAUUGAAUACGUACCUUUCAUGAGUGUUGAUCUGAGAGAACGUUUUGCCUUCCCUAUGCCAUUUUCAGAUAAAUGUGGGAAGUUACCUUUAUCCCCCAAACAGAAAGCAAUGUUUGCCAAGUGGGUGCGACCAGAUGACAUAACAAAUAACCCUACGAUGAUUUAUACUGUAUCAAGUUUCAGUAUAAAGCAGACAAUAGUGUCAGAUUGUUCUUUUGUGGCAUCGCUAGCCAUCAGUGCAGCAUACGAAAGAAGAUAUAACAAAAAAUUGAUCACAAGUAUAAUUUAUCCUCAAAAUAAGAAAGGAGAACCAGAAUAUAAUCCAUGUGGCAAAUACAUGGUGAAGCUUCAUAUCAAUGGUGUACCUAGAAAGGUAAUCAUAGAUGACCAGUUACCUGUUGAUCAUAGCGGGGAACUUCUCUGCUCUUACUCUAACAAUAAGAAUGAAUUAUGGGUAUCACUAAUAGAAAAGGCUUACAUGAAGGUCAUGGGAGGAUAUGAUUUUCCUGGAUCAAAUUCUAAUAUUGAUCUCCAUGCACUGACUGGUUGGAUACCUGAAAGAAUUGCUAUGCACUCUGACAAUCAAGCUUUCAAUAAAGAUAGUACUUUCAGAAUGCUUUAUCAGAGAUUUCACAAGGGAGAUGUCCUUAUCACAACAGCAACAGGGGUGAUGUCUGAAGAGGAAGGAGAAAAAUGGGGUUUAGUUCCUACCCAUGCAUAUGCAGUCUUGGAUAUAAGAGAAUAUAAGGGACUUCGAUUUCUUCAGUUGAAAAAUCCCUGGAGCCACUUACGUUGGAAAGGACGAUACAGUGAAAACGACACAAGAAAUUGGACUCCAGAUUUACAAAAAUACUUGAACUUCGAUCCCAGAACAGCUCAGAAAAUAGACAAUGGCAUUUUCUGGAUUGCCUGGGAGGACCUCUGCCAGUACUAUGAUGUUAUUUAUUUGAGUUGGAACCCAAGUCUCUUUAAAGAAUCUACGUGUAUUCACAGUACUUGGGAUGCAAAGCAAGGUCCAGUGAAGGAUGCCUACAGCCUGGCUAAUAAUCCUCAGUACAAGCUGGAGGUCCAGUGCCCACAGGGUGGUGCUGCCGUCUGGGUUCUGCUUAGCAGGCACAUCACAGACAAGGAUGACUUUGCACACAAUCGGGAAUUCAUUACAAUGGUCGUAUACAAGACUGAUGGCAAAAAAGUUUACUAUCCAGCUGAUCCUCCUCCGUAUAUUGAUGGUAUUCGGAUCAACAGUCCUCAUUAUCUGACCAAGAUAAAACUGACCUCUCCAGGUUCCCAUACCUUUACCUUAGUGGUGUCCCAGUACGAGAAACAAAACACUAUCCAUUACACCAUUAGGGUGUAUUCCUUGUGCAAGUUCACCUUUUCGAAGAUUCCUACGCCUUACACCAUUUCCAAACGGGUUAAUGGACAGUGGAAAGGUUACAGUGCUGGAGGAUGUGGAAAUUUCAGAGACACCUACAAAAAUAACCCCAUUUAUCAAUUCCAGCUGGACAAGAAUGGGCCAUUACUAAUUGAACUACGGGGACCAAGGCAAUACAGCGUUGGUUUUGAACUCAUCACAGUCUCGACAGUAGGAGAUCCUGGUUCCUAUGGCUUUCAGAAAAAGAGCAGUGGUGACUACAGGUGUGGAUUUUGCUACUUGGAAGUGGAGAACGUAUUUGCUGGAGUUUACAACAUUAUCCCCACCACGUUCCUGCCUCAACAAGAGGGUCCUUUUUUCUUAGAUUUUAACAGUGCUACUCCUCUUAAGGUAUCACAGCUGCAGUGA